CUACCACCUCUUUACAAUGUUACUCUAACAUCAUCCAUCAGAGGAAUCAAGUCAACGGAGCUGAAAGACGGCGAGUUCUUUAUCCACGRCACAGUUAUUAGCGACAGUAUGGUAAACGGAAUCGUUAUAUCUUCUAACAACGCGUCAUUAAACAUUAACAACAGCGUCGUGUUCAACACCACAAAUGGAGAUGGGAUCGAGUACUCGAGAAUAAGAAAAUCAUCGGUGGAUUUAUAAGAUGUUCAUCCAAGUAAUGCGUCUUUUCCUCUUUACCUUACCGUAUCUUCAAAAUGGUGGGAAACUGAAGAUACCAUCAAGGUCUUCAAAACGUCUACCGGCCAUACUCUUGCCCUUCACUUUCAAUUCUUAAAGGGCCAAGGAUACUAUAUUGAGGCACGUGACGGUGACAAUAUUAAUUCCACACUUCUAACACGGGUGACACAAAGUGAUAGUGGACGAGCUGUAAAGCCUUCUUUCACGACAGGAAACGUGCUUUGGAUAAGGUAUCGUCAAACAUAUCAGUAUGAAGCUGCGGCAGAGCUCCUUAUUACUGAAAGUUCAGAUAAAAGUUCAUUGACUAUUACUAACUCAAAAUUCAUUGGUAAUAAUGGUUUUGGCAUGGCUUUGAAGGAUAUCCCCAAUCAAAUAUACAUAGAGAACACAGAUUUUUCUCUUAACACCAAAGACGGAAUGAUGGCCAAAAACCAAACUGGGAAGGUUUCAUGUUCUAGACUACGUUUCAGCAAAAAUGGUGGAAAUGGCGUUGCCUUCUACCAUUCGAGUAUUUCUAUUUGCAAUUUAUCCGACAUCAAGGCUUUUAAUAAUCAAGAGAAAGGAAUGCUAUUGCAAAUAUCUUGGAUGAACUGCAGCAUUAGUCAUGCCCGUCUAGUGCUGAAUAAUCAUCAAGGGCUGCUAUCAAACAAAGUUUCAGGGGCUUUAGACCUUGCGUUUUGUAGCAUAUCAGAAAAUCAGCUAAGUGGAGUCGAGAUAUACGAGGGCAUGGCUUCUGUAAGCAUUUACUCUUCGUAUAUACUACAGAAUUCGAAUCAUGGGCUUAAGCUAAGGAACGAAGGUGGCGAACACCGAAUUAUCGAUUCCUUCAUUGAGAAAAACAGACAACAUGGCAUCUGCAUGCACGAAUUCCAGUCCUCGAGCAGCAACCCUGUUCCUCAAUUGACCGGAAUAAAUAUACAAGGAACUAAGGUUUCCGAUAAUUUGUACCACGGAGUAUAUCUUUCUCCUGCUUGUCAGCAUAUCGAGAGCUCAACGGAAAAUGUGUCCAUCGUAAUAGAAGAGAGUAGCAUCAGUAACAAUUCACGCGGAGGCUUGCGCUUUAAACAAGAAAGCUGCAGCCGUGGUUCACGUUACAAGCAGGUAUCACUCAUGAUGUCACACAAUGAGUUUCGAGAGAACAAGAACCAAGCACUCUACGCUUCAUGUAUUUCACUUUAUAGACUUAAAGCCGAAAUACGGAACAACUCUUUUUAUAACAAUUCURGCCAAAUAAUUGUUAUUACCGAUCAAACCUCUUAUGAAUGCAAGCCGAAAAGUGUCAGCAAUCCUGUCGAAGUCAGCAUAAGUCAGAACCAGUUUUUUGGCAAUCGUGGUUCAAAUCUUGUKUACAUAGAUUUMAUGGGGUUYCCUUUGAUUCGAAAGGCCAGCGUCGAUAAUAAUACCUUUCAAAACAACAGCGUGAAGUUUUUGUUUCCAAACUUGUACCAAAGUUCUACCGACAGAGCUUUGGUUGUUUUUUAAGGAGGGAACUUUUACAUUCCACAACAAUUCAUUGGACGCAAAUGACUGUCGUUAUUUGUUGUCUACAUUGUACGUCAAUCAUAGCAGUGUUGUUGAUGCCAGAUUUAAUUGGUGGGACACGAAAGACGAAUGUGAGAUAAAAGACAAAAUAUCUGAUUUUUACGAUCGUAUUCAACUUGCUAAAGUCAGAUACUUUCCUUACUUCCGUUCCUCAAGAAUCAUUGACCUGGAAAUUGAACGUCUACCGCACAUAAGGUGUUUUCUUCAAGACAACACUAUAGGCGGUGCCUUGGAUGGAGAGCUAUCUUUGCCUCGUAGCCAAAUGCCAUAUAAGGUGCGGGAUGACAUUGUUAUCUUGGAGAAUGGCAGUCUUCGGAUACCCAGUAACACGACUUUAAUGUUUCCUGCUCGUUCUGGUAUGUUGGUACAAGGUGAACUCCAUGUCAUGGGCAAGAACCAAGAAAAGGUCAACUUUAUAAAGAACAUAAUACAAGAAAAUAUACGUCUUUCUGGUGGACAAGGACCUUGGGAAGGUGUACUAGAAUUCUACACUAACAACACUUGGAUCCCAGUAUGCGACAACAUGCUUCCACUGGAAGUAAAGGUCGUUUGCCGGCAUCUCGGUUUUAUAGAACGUUUUACUAGUUAUAGGUACAUAUCCCCAAAACCAACAGACCAAUUCGUUUUUGGCAUCAAAUGUCUCGACCCCGACAAAGAUGACAUUAUUCAGUGUAGCAAUAAAAACUGGACCUUUGGGAAGAACUGUUACAGAGUUCCACUUAUGUACUGUCUCAGGGACUACUGGGCCGGCGUUCAUCUUGCGAUUAGCAAUAAAAAAAGUGACCUUCAUCAUCUGAACAUUUACGAUGCUGGAUUCAAUUACAGAAGUGACAUUAGUCUUCCAGGUUAUGCCUUAAGAAUCGACUUCGAUCAUCAUAACUUGAGUAACAUCAACAUCAAUUCUUCUUCGGGCAUCGGCGUCCAAGUCUUAUUUCCAAGUCCAUUCUUGAAGAAGUCCUUCAUGCCAAAUUCUAAGAUUUCUCACACUGCAUCCACUGGCAUUAUGCUUGGAUCACCAUACUUAAAGCUCACGGACGUGGAGGUGGAAUCGACUGGGGCAGCAGGUUUUCAAUUACAGAGCCAGUGGGACGCUUCUACUACUCAUGCGAUUCAAACCAUGAAUCCAAGUGUAAAGAAAAUCGCUAUUUGUUCUCAAAAUAUCACUUACUUGAAAGAAGACGACAUUGUGUACCUCUACUCAAAUUUACCCUACGAAUCAGAUGUAACAUGCCAACAUCUAUUUGUAACAGAGCGAGGCCGUAGACUUGGAAUCCAAGUCCUUUAUUCGCAGCUACACUACAGCCACCUCCAUGUCUUUGAUGGAAACAAUAUCACGGGCAGAGAUGGAUGGAAGAUAGAAACAUUUAAUAUUAAAGAUCGAAAAGUGUUCAACUCUUCAAAUAACGAAACCCUUCUGAAAAUCGAAAAGUACUAUUACAGCACAGUAUCGUUCCACUUGCUCCUUUUUYCUAUUGAAGAUGAAAAGCCAUUUGAAAGCUUCAUUGAGAUCGAAAAUUCGAAUUUCAACUUGAUAAGAGGCAUGAAUAUUGAAGGCAACGUCAUCAGUCACCUCAAAAUCAUAAAUUGCAGUAUGUCCAACUCAAGCUACUAUCUCAAAAUUUAUGCAAAAGAAAUAACCACGGGAACAAUGCAAUCCAUCACACUGGAGACCAACUGGUACGGCAUCUACCUGACAUACACCUCGGGAAACUUUGGCAUUUAUGAUUCACGUAUCACAAGCAAUACCGACGGACUUUAUUUACAUUCUUAUUCAGCCUAUGACAAUAAAAUGGUUUUCAAUUUGUUCAACUGCAGCAUUACUCAUAAUUAUCGUGGAUUCUUUAUCUACGGUGAAUUUUCAAGAACAAUUAUUGCUGUGCAAAACAGCACUUUUGCGUUUAACAGAGCGUCUGCGAUAUCUUCCGAAAUCUAUCACGCACAACAAAAUGUGUCCUUCAUUUUUAAAUGGAAUUCAUUUAAACAAAACCAUGGCUCGACCAUGUCGAUAUAUCUUUGCCGUUCAAUUGUCACAGAGUGUAGUAUAAAUAUAACCGAAAACAGUUUUGAAAAUAACGUUGGAUAUGUCAUACACGCUAGAUCUUGUAGGUAUUGGAAUCGGAAUGAUAAUAAUAUGGUUCUUAUGAAAAGAAACRUAUUCAGUGCUAAUCAGUGUAGGAGAGGAGCGGUUAUAUCUAUCUACGAACAGAUGUACAGUCUGGAAGCUUCGCAUAAUGUUUUUCAAUUUAACCAAGGCGUUAUCUUGAUGUACCACCUUUACCAUUCUGGGCCAUUAAAAAUGUUUUUCAACAUUUUUAAAARCAAUAACUGUACUGGGAGAUCAAUAAUAGAAAUUCAAAGAAUCGAAUCUUACACUGAACUUGUUUUGAAUGAAAACAUUUUCGAAAGAAAUACUGGUGUGGCGGUUCUAUCGACGGGUACAAGCGGUUAUUGCAGUAGUUCGUUACAACUAAGAGGAAAUGCAUUCAGAUACAAUCUGUGCAUUGAGAAGUCCGUGUUGUCUAUCAGUAACCAAAGGAAUGCUUUUGAAGCAUCAGGAAACGAUUUUCAUUCUAACUUGGGGUCGACUUUAGUAUUCGAAGGAGCAUCCAUUAUGGCUAACCUUCUCUUUGCUGAUAAUUCCAUAGAAAACAAUACUUGUAUCUCAAGAGAGAUGGUUUCCAUCUUCAGAAUGGAAGGAAACAUUGAUGUAAGCAACAACACAUUUCAYCGCAACAAAGCCAUUGGUAUAAUGUCGGUACAGUCAUUGCAUAACGUUGAAUUCCAGCAAAGUAACAAAUCAUUUUCAAUCAUUAAUAACACGUUUAAAGAAAACCAAGUUGCUGCUGACGCCCYUUCACGUGUAUACUUCAGAARCAACUGUGCCCUGAAAUUACGUGGCCUUCUUUAUUACAAGAUAACUGAAUUUUUCCAUAACAAAUUGACAAAUCCCUCCUUUGAAAWGGAAUUUUGUCUCCACAUUCAAGCUCUUUCRCAAAAGGAUAUUUUCAAUGCCAGCCAUAACUGGUGGGGAACUGUAGACAAUUACCAUUUAAGGCAAAGAAUUUUCGACUUUGAUGAUAACCACGACUACGCGAUUGCUUCGACUUCACCUUUYCUAACAAGUUACAAUGAUAACAAAACAGUUAUGAUUGGCAAUAAAGUAAGAGCUCUAAGGGGAAACAAACUUGGGGGUCGUGUAGAUGAGUCACUUUAUCUCACAGAGGAAGCAGGCCCUUAUAAAGUUACUUCGGACUUAACUAUUCUUCCUGGUGUGGUCCUCACAAUAGAACCAAAUGUGUCGUUAAGAUUUUCUCCAGGUGUUAGUCUACUUGUUAUAGGAACACUUAUUGCUCGUGGAACAAAGGAAAGGAAAAUCAAAUUCACUCUAGACAACCCAAAAGGAAGUCAAAGUGUUCGCUUGAAAGAUGGACAUUUUCCUUGGGAAGGUCGUUUAGAGGUGUACCACGAAAACAAAUGGAUGCCUGUGUGCUGUCCAGACAGUACGUGGAAUCUCGCAAAUACAAAAGUAAUCUGCAGAGAGCUUGGAUACUUGCCGCAUCAGGAUGCACAUUAUACUAAGUUUGAUUUUGGACCAAGUAAGCCGUGGCCGUUCAAGAUACACUGUCAUGGCAACGAGACAUCAUUGAGCAAGUGCGAAGCAAAGGACCAUUCUUAUGCUUCUAAUACGUCAAAAUUUGUCGGAUUGAACUGUAAAGGCCAGCCAUGGGGAAAUAUAAGGUUUGUUGAAUCAAAUGAAAAUGGUACUGUCAAGGAGAGCUCCGUACUGGAACAUGUUGAAAUAAGUUACUGUGGCCGGCACUUCAAUUCCAAUGCAUCUGCGAUUGAAAGCGUUAUACGAAACCCCAAAAUAAACUUUGUCACUAUUCAAAACUGUGCUUUUCAAGGCGUCAGUUAUUUUUUAGCAGGGAACAAURUCAAUGYUACCAAAUGUGAWCUGAAGCAUCUYCAAGGAAAYGGUUUUAACGUCAUUCAAUCCAGCUUUGAYGUUACUAUAAAAGACAGCACUAUYGAAAACACUGUUAAUGGGGUUGUUMUGGAWUCUCCUCAACAACAUAAUAUCCCUUUASUUCAAUACGGAAGAACAUCGAUUUGUGAUCCCAGCAUAAAAACGUUUGACGUGAAAAAUAAARGCAUUGUAUUCUUCGAGYUGAACGACAUCGACACUGAGAAAUUAUCUACAAUACCAUAUGUAUAUUGCCAAAAAGAUUUCAGAGCUGAAACAGAAGGAAAGGGAGUUCGCAUACGACUUCUUUUUCACCAAGGUUUACSAACAAUAAAUAUYUAUGACAAAAGGAGGACGCAUACAUUUCAAUACAAUUAUCCGGAAUAUUUACUGAAAACCAUCUUGCACAAGGAUCUUAUUUUUCCUGAGAUAGGAAAUAUUCAAAUGAAAGGUAACCUCAAAUCAAGAGUCAUGUUUGAAGUGGACGUUGUGGAUAUUCACUCUUCAGAUAUACCUUGCAAUUUSCAAUACGGAAUGUGUGGUUGGCAGUCGUUUAGUAACAUGACUAUCAACGGUAUCAACAUGACAAAAACAUGGGAAGCAAAACAAGAAUACUAUACUUACAAUGGAUACUACAACUAUCCGCAACGUGAUAACUCUUUUAACUCUGACCAGGGUUAUGUCGUAGGAAUUGGCCAGCGCCAAUGGGGUUAUCACUYGCCAGGCAAUGCAUCACUUGUCAGCCCUCUACUAACCUCUCAAUCACAGUUUUGCAAAUUGGUUUUUUAUUAUAAAUUUCGAAGAAGUGGAAGAUCKUCUUUUAACGUAUUUCUACAAAAAGGAAACGAUAUCUUUGACAGCUCUUCAGAGCUUAUUUUCUUGUGGACGCCAAAGACGACCGAAGUUCUUCAAUGGACAAAAGCUGUACUUGAACUACCCAAGGACUACUUGGAGUAUCGAAUAAUCUUUAUUGGAUCAUACACAGCAGCUACUAAUAGAUACACCAGAAAUUUUUUCAUUCUUGAUGAUAUUCAGAUUCAAAAMUGUGCAACUGGAAAAGAUGAAUUGGAGAAUAACGUUAUCCGAAACAGUGACAUACAUGGCGUGAUGUACAAGUCAUCUUCAAGGAAUCACUUAUCUAUGAAAAGAAAUGCAUUUAUCGAGAAUGGGAAUUCAAAGACUGCAAAACAUYCCGUCUAUUCGGGUGUUGUGUUUGCAGAGAUAAAGGACAAAGAUUUUCUUUUUACAAACAAUCAUGUCGCUGGUAACGCUAUCGGUGGUUUACGYGUGCAGACAGAAAACAGUGAAGGUAAUUUYWUCGAAGGAMGAAAAUUAAAGAAAAGUUGGGUUUAUGGAAACACGUUUGUACAGAACGGUAAGGAAGCCUUAUAUCUCGUGUCCAACAAAGGGACUCCUCAUGUAGUGUACAUCAAGGAAAAUUCCUUUUCCAGUAAUUAUGGMAAAGGCUYUGYUUWUAACAGCAARAACAGUGUUGUYAAAAUUAAGGACGUACCCACAAAAAUAGAAGAUAACUUCUUUUUCAACAAUUCUGGCCUUUUGAUCAUGGAGUACGAAUUCUUGAACGACAAAUAUGAAGGACAGCACUGUAUAAACAAUACAUUUUUCUURAACACUGGMACUGCAUCAGAAUAUGRUGCAACUAUCCGGACYAAUGGACCAAUUCAGUAUCAUGGUAAUAGCCUGAAGAAUCCCCACAACCUUUAUGAGAUUGAUACAACUAUUUCUGCCGUCACGGAUCCCGUAAAUGCUACAAUGAAUUGGUUUGGAUUUGGCACAAUACCAACUGUUAAACCAAGACUACGUGACCACGGCAACRACAACCGUUUACCAAAGAUUCUUUUUGAGCCAUUUGUUAAGAUACAACCAAGAAAUAUCCUCUCUCUGGGGUGUCCUCCUGACUGGAUGAACAUGGGUCCAGCUUGUUAUGUCUUUCGUGCUGGAGUCCAGUCCUUCCAGGAUGCAGACAAAUAUUGUAAGUAUUACGGAGGACAUAUACUUGUAUCGAGCUCUCCAGGUGASAAAGAAUUGUUAAUCAAAAUCAUGGCUAUGAUUAAACCUGGCACUUAUGACCAGCCGCCACCGAUACCAUUAUGGAUUAUUAGCAAUGACAUUMAGGAAAAGGACGACCGAUGUCAAGUUUUGAGUCACGAAGGAAAUAUUACGGAGGUGUCUUGCAAGAGCCAUUACUCUUUUGCUUGUAGCAGAAGCGAAGUGAUUCGUUGUCCAAAUGGGUGCUUAUAUAAUGGUGAUUGCAUCGGAUCCACGUGCUUUUGCUAUCGAGGAUGGACAGGACAAGACUGUUCCAAGCCCUCCUGUCGAGACGUUCAUAACUGUUCUGGCGUCGGUGAAUGCGUGGGACCCAACGUUUGCAAGUGCAAGUGGUCAUUCCGAGGACGUGCAUGUACUUACUCGUAUUGCUCAAAAUUCAAAAAUUGUUCAACUUGCGUCACUGAUCCUUACUGUGGUUGGUGUGAUAAAAUGCGACAGUGUAUCCCAGGUGACUAUUCCAGCCCCUAUAAGAAGUCUUGCUCAGACUGGUUCUACUAUCACUGCUACACAGUAGGUUCUGAAAGCCAUUGUUCCGACAACAUUGGGCAAGUCGAUUGUCAGCAUAAACAGUGUAACUUUGRAAGACCUUCAUCUAACAUGGAAACAUGYGCAAAAUGUAGAGAUCUUGAGAAAUGUUACAACAUCGAGGAAGCCGGGAAGUGUCGUGCAUGGAAUGUCAGCCGCUGUCCACAUGGAAUGCUGCAGGUCGACUACUCAGACAAAAGCAGGGUCAACAAUACSCAGCUGCGCAGUAAUGUCAAGGUUAUUGACCCAAAUAGGCAUACAAUAUACRGUUGUCCAGUACUCUUACCUGGUAAAGACGAGGUUACUUCAGUCUUCGUUGUGCCAAAGGAACUGGGUAUUGAGGUUGGUCACGUGAUGACGAGUACACAGGCUGGUGGAAUAAUGCAUAAAGUGAAUGAGACAAAUCAAAUAGGUCCGUACACGCUUGUUUCUCGUGAGGAGGCGGAAUUAGAAGAUGUUAUAGAAUAUGCKGAUUUCGAGGAAAAGGUUCAACCUGAGCCAAUCACAGAUGAAGUGACAGAAGAGGAAGAACCAAACAAAGAGCAAAUCGAUGGGAUGUUUAAUGGAAGUAUCCUCUUAAAUAACACAGCUAUGCAUCUGAUACAGGGMAAAUAUAUCUACAAGUGCGUUGGCCAUUUAUACCAGAUCGGAUCAAAAUCUGUCGUGUCUCAUUACUUGGURAUGGAAGCAGCAAGCUCUAUCAAYGCAAGCCAAGGAGACGUGAUAGUAGCACGAGAAAGUCAUGGGUUUAUAGAAAGAGUUACCAAUAUUCGYAAGACGGAAAGUUUAACGUUCAUUCACACGAUGCUGGAACGAUGUGAUGGGAAAUCGACGUGGACCAAAAAUACUCGUCUUGUGGUUCUUGAGCCCCUAAGGCAUAUAAGAGCUGAUCUCAAGAGGGAGAAAGAAGCCUUUGCUCGUAUACAGGAUACAUUGGUACCAUAA